AUGGCGGAACAACUUAUCCUCAAGGGCACCCUCGAGGGCCACAGCGGCUGGGUCACCUCUCUCGCAACUUCUCUUGAGAACCCAAAUAUGCUCUUGUCUGGUUCCCGCGACAAGUCCCUCAUCAUCUGGAACUUGACCCGGGAUGAGACUUCAUACGGAUACCCUAAGAGAUCUCUCCACGGACAUUCCCACAUUGUCUCUGACUGUGUGAUCUCUUCCGAUGGUGCUUACGCUCUUUCCGCAUCCUGGGACAAGACUCUCCGCCUUUGGGAGCUUGCCACUGGUACCACCACCCGCCGAUUUGUUGGACACAACAACGACGUUCUCUCCGUUUCCUUCUCUGCCGAUAACAGACAAAUUGUCUCCGGAUCCCGCGACCGCACGAUCAAGUUGUGGAACACCCUCGGUGACUGCAAGUUCACCAUCACUGAGAAGGGACACGCCGAUUGGGUUUCAUGCGUUAGAUUCAGCCCUAACCCACAAAACCCAGUCAUUGUCUCCUCUGGAUGGGACAAGCUCGUCAAGGUCUGGGAGCUCAGCUCUUGCAGAUUGCAAACCGACCACAUCGGACACACCGGUUACAUCAACACCGUCACCAUCUCCCCAGACGGAUCCCUCUGCGCUUCCGGUGGAAAGGACGGAACCACCAUGUUGUGGGAUUUGAACGAGUCUAAGCACCUCUACUCCUUGAACGCUGGUGAUGAGAUCCACGCCCUCGUUUUCUCCCCCAACAGAUAUUGGCUUUGCGCCGCCACCUCCAGCAGCAUCAUCAUCUUCGAUUUGGAGAAGAAGAGCAAGGUUGAUGAGUUGAAGCCAGAGUUCCAAGCUGUUGGCAAGAAGAGCAGAGAGCCAGAGUGUGUCAGUUUGGCAUGGAGCGCGGACGGACAAACUUUGUUCGCAGGUUACACAGAUAACAUCAUCCGGGCUUGGGGUGUUAUGUCGAGAGCGUAAGGGGGUGGUUAAACAGGCGUGUGUCAAUUCAUCUUGAGGUUUUACGGCUUUUCCGGGGUUUGUGGUUCCUUGUCGAUUGGCAGGAUGUACUUCAAAAACAUGGCAUAGCAAAAGGCUCAUGGACAUGAAAAAUCCAAACAACGUAAAAAGUAAUUUCCAUGCAUUAUGAUCAUCUUGCCGUGCGUGUGAAAAUGCUAUGUUUACCUAGGUAUCAACAUGUGAUUCUUCGUGAUUGGGUGUGC